UCUGCCUUUGGUCACAGACCCUAUCUCUGCAAAUGCAAGCCAUCAAAUGCGUUGUUGUCGGCGAUGGUGCCGUGGGUAAGACUUGCUUGCUGAUCAGUUACACCACCAAUGCCUUUCCAGGAGAGUACAUCCCCACAGUGUUUGAUAACUACUCUGCCAAUGUUAUGGUGGAUGGAAAACCCGUUAACCUGGGUCUGUGGGACACCGCCGGUCAGGAGGACUAUGACCGCCUGAGGCCGCUCUCCUACCCUCAGACGGAUGUGUUCUUGAUAUGCUUCUCUCUGGUCAGCCCUGCAUCCUUUGAGAAUGUCAGAGCUAAGUGGUACCCUGAGGUCCGGCACCAUUGCCCGAACACACCCAUCAUCCUGGUCGGCACCAAGCUGGACCUGCGGGAUGAUAAAGACACCAUCGAACGCCUGAGGGAUAAAAAACUGGCCCCCAUCACUUACCCACAGGGCCUGGCCAUGGCCAGAGAAAUCGGUGCAGUGAAGUAUCUGGAGUGCUCAGCAUUGACCCAGAGGGGUCUGAAGACUGUGUUUGACGAGGCCAUCCGUGCGGUCCUCUGUCCCCCCCCGGUUAAAAAGGGGGGCAAGAAAUGUACGGUGUUUUGAGGAAAACGUGCAUGAAGUACCGACGUUGGCAGGACACCCGACCUGGAGAACCGGGGACCUUGUUC